AUGAGGCGGCAGCGCAAUCAGCGCCAGCAAGGGGGCGGCAUGCCCGGGGGAUUCCCUGGAAUACCCGCGGGAUUCCCUGGAAUGCCCGCAGGAUUCCCUGGAGGGCUGGAUGCCGCUGCCUUUGGAGGAAUGCCUGGUGGCCUUCCCGAGGGUUUGUCCCCAGAGCUUCUUGCUCAGAUGUUCGGCUGUGGGCCCCCCACCGGCUUACCAAGCGGCUCCGGGAGUCUUGGUACGAGUCAACACCUGGACGAUGCAGGAAUGAUGCAGAACGACGGUGUAGACCGCAGCCGCUGGCAAAUCGUUUAUCCUGCGUACAUCAACAAAAAACGGACAACGGCAAUGGGGAGGCGAGUUCAGCUCUCUAUCGCUGUCGAGGAUCCCAAGGUGGAUGAAAUGAAGAAGAUAUGCGACCACCUUAACAUUCCCGCCGCCAUUGAAUACGCCGAUUCUGGCUUCACCGGCUUGGCCAUGUUGCUUUUUUCUGUCAUGGUAAACGCGCAGUUAAAGAAAUAUCCGCGGGACUGGCUCCUUUCACACGGCCGACUUCGGUUCCAGCUGAGAGACGAGAACGACCAGCUGCAUAACCCUGAGAUCCCCCACAAGAAGGCGCUGAUGUGCCGCAUGUGCGAGCUUAUUCCCCAGUUGAAGAGCCGCAGUACGCCGGCCGGUCCUGGAGCAUCGUCGUCCUCGGCGAAGAAGAAAAAGAAGAAAUAG